CACAGGGUUUUUUCACACUUUUGUAAACAACAUGGCGAUUCAGGACUGGCCCUGUUAGCCGACUGAUCUCACACAGGGCUGUCAGAUCUGUGGUUUUUCCUGUUAGGACGUGCAACCCGACGACAGUACCCCCGGAUAGAUCCUCGAUCCCGCAGAGAUCCGACAGAGACCUGGAUCUGCAGGCUGUCCUGAAGACCGUUUGACAGUCAAACGGCUCCCUUCAGUCUAUGGGCUCUCAGUCCAGUUCUGGGAUGUCUGGUGGAAGGGGUUCUUCCAGUGGCAACCCAGCUGAGCAGUCUGAAGCAGCAGAUCAGAGCCAGAGCAGCAGCAGCAGCAGCAGCAGCAGCAGCCGAGUCCGCAGGCCGGCUGAGAGGCAGCAAGGAGACAGACAGCCAGCUUCUGAGGAGGACGUCGACUUAGCUGAAGUGCUGGCUUACCUACUAAGAAGGGGCCAGGUCAGACUGGUCCAUGGCAGCGGAGCCACCGGGCUGCAGCUGGUCCAGUCGUACUCGGACUCUGAUGAGGACAGCGAUGGAGCCUGGGAGGGUCGACUGGGCGACCGCUACAAUCCACCAGUGGACACCCAACCCGACACACACGAGGUGGACCUGAGUGAGAUACGAACCCAGAUCCUGCUGGCCACCGCCUCCUCUUCUCUGAAGGGCAGACAGAGUUUCACCCACAUGUUAACAGAGAGGGAACAAGGCAGAUGUCGAGGCACCAGCUUUUCCCACGGAGAGUGCAGUCGUAUCCGCACACAUUUUCUGCCAAACUAUGUUUCCCACAAGGAUACGUACCAGCAGAAAGCCUUCUGUGGAGUGUACAGUGAGGAUGGCAACAUGUUCCUCUCUGCCUGCCAAGAUCAGAACAUCCGCUUGUAUGACACCAGCAAGGGGCGCUUUAACCUGCGGCGAACAGUGAAGGCUCGUGAUGUGGGCUGGAGUGUGCUGGACGUGUGCUUUACUCCAGACGCGCAGCAUGUGCUCUACUCCAGCUGGUCUGACUACAUUCACUUGUGCAGUAUAGACGGGGACAGUGAAAACCACACCGCCUUGGACCUCAACCCAGAUGAGAGGAGGUUCUGUGUGUUCUCACUGGCUGCAUCCACAGAUGGCAAUGAGAUCCUAGGAGGGGCGAACGACGGCUGCCUUUAUGUUUUUGAUCUGGAGCAGAAUAAACGAACGUUGAAGAUUGAUGCCCAUGAGGACGACGUGAAUGCGGUGGCGUUCGCUGACAGCUCGUCCCAGCUGCUCUUCUCUGGCAGUGACGACGCGCUGUGCAAGGUGUGGGACAGACGGACGCUGCGGGAAGACAGACCGCAGCCUGUCGGACAGCUGGCCGGCCAUCGAGACGGCAUCACCUUCAUCCACAGCAAGGGGGACGCCCGCUAUCUGAUCAGCAACUCCAAGGACCAGUCCAUCAAACUCUGGGACGUCAGGAAGUUCUCCCCCAAAGAAGGGCUGGCAGCCUCCCGCCUGGCUGUCACCCAACAAAACUGGGACUACCGCUGGCAGCAGGUCCCCCAGAGAGCCCUGAAGAAACACAAGCUGACCGGAGACACCUCUGUGAUGACGUACCGGGGACACGGCGUCCUGCACACCCUCAUCCGCUGCCGCUUCUCCCCAGAGUUCAGCACAGGGCAGAGGUUCAUCUACUCCGGCUGCUCCACGGGGAAAAUCAUCAUUUACGACGUGCUGACGGGCGCCGUCGUCUCCAGGCUGUCCGGACACGAUGCGUGUGUGCGGGACGUCACCUGGCACCCGUACGAGGACAACAUCAUCAGCAGCUCUUGGGACGGAGCGGUGCGGAUGUGGGAGCACAGACAGACCCAUCCUCUGGAGGAGGAGAGAGAGAGGGACAGAGACUGACGGCAGGAGAAAAGAACUUUGAGACCAGAGAAGAAGAAACACAAAGAGAGAGGACGUGACGUCUCUUCAUGAGGACAACGAGAAGCUCAGACCUGGGAGAGACUUUAAUUACUUUCAAUUCAAUGCUGGAUAUUAUUAAUUACAUUACAGAGUGGUUGUUAGGUGUUCAUAUGAGAGGCAUUAUAACCUUACACUGUUGGGGACAGACGGGGCACUGUGGCCUCCUUCUGUCCUUGUUCCCGCCUCACUGUCUUGCGCAGAGUUAACGGGCCAUGGCUUUUUUAUUCGGCCUGAAACACGUCACAACAACGCGCCCAAGCUCCCGUCGCUGAGUGCAGCACUUACUUCAGAGAGCUUUGAAAUGAAAGGUAAGUUAGAUAAAUCAAAGUUGGAUAAUGCACGGAGAAGCUGAGGGUGAUUCUGUAUAAAUGUAUAGUAUUUUAAUGGGAUGUGUGUUCAGGGAGUGUCUUUAGACCGUUUUCAGUUUGCUGACUUAGCUGUUAGGAUCACAUGAGUCCUCUCUGAAGGUCUGUCAUGUUUAAAUUCCACAUUUAAAAACCCUAAUCAUGUAAAGAUCCAGCACAUGGAGAACUCUCACAGACUGCUGCGUCACGAUCAGCUGUUCCAGAGGUCAGCAUGCAAGUCUCCACCAAACCAAGAUCACAAGGAAACCCAAAUGUUUAAGUGUUUAACUCACAAUGAUUGUAUCAUAGAUACUCUUUAGACCAUGUAUUCAAACACAGGGACGGCCUGAGGUCUGAAGUCUGUGCCUGGUCCUGGAUCAGCACUCACCCUGAGCCGAAUCAAUGAGAGGAAACGUGUGGGCCGAUAUAAACCUGUGAUCUGUGAAAAGAUUUGAAUGUUUGUGAUAAAAUGUUAAAGAUAAAGGGACUGGGUAUGUGUGUGUGGACUUCAUGUACACACUUAUCUGUAUAUGCAAUUUUCAGGGGUUUCUAUCAAUCCAGACGUUGUUUUACAGUAACAAUAAAACCUCCCUUUAAAUGUA